AUGUCUGAUAAGUCAUCCAACAACAGCAACAUAGCUUGCUUGCCACCAAAAGGUCAGACAACACCGACUUUAACAACAACUGCCAGUUCCAUCCCUCCCAACAUCAGCAAGCUAACCAAGAUUAGAAAUUCUUCAUUUGAAGGGUCGACCAUAAAUCAGCAGGGCCAGGAUCAACUUUCUCUGACAAGCACAUCAAGACAUCAUUCAGAUUAUGAUUUACGGAAUCAGGAGCAAGACUUUAAUAAUAGAAUAGCAGACAACUCGAUGUUACUGCAGCAACAGCAGCAGCAACAACAACUUCAUCGGCAACAUGGAAACAGUGUUGUGAGUAAGAUGACUAGUGAUUCAAGAAGAAGUUCAGUCGAUAGUUUCUACCCGACGACAACCAUGUUACCCAUUGUAAGUUCUCCAAUGCAAUACAUCAACAUCAACAACAUGAAAACAUCUAAUAUGACAUCUAAGUCAGCGUUGCCCCCAACACCUCGACAGCCGAUCACCAAAUACAGAAAAAGUUAUUCACUGAGUUCAUCAUUUGGUCGACUUUUGAAGCCAUUCAAAGAAGACCAGAGAUUUGUACCUGGUAAUUUCAAACACCUUGAUAAAAAAUCAAAAAACAUCGAUAAAACGAUAAAGCAGCCGAUGAUGAAUGGAGGAACGUGUGAGAAAGUAACAAAAUAUGACCCAUUACAACCCUUGCCCUACAAAGACCUCAGCAGGUUUGAUGACGAUUCCGACGGCGUCUACAUGUGUUGGACGGCCAGCACUCUGACUGACUUGCAGAAUAAAUUCAACAAUCCAGCCAAGAAAGUAGAUUACAUCAAUCUCAUGUCUAAUGACGACAACAAGCAGAGUAAAAGUUUUCCAUUGAAGCUGAAAACUAAUGCCAGUGAUUUCUUGAAGCCUAAUUAUUCAUCUGACUCAAUCAAUCAUCUUUCGACCAUGUUCUAUGCUAAAAAUAGUUUACCCCAGCCGCAAAAUCAACAGAAUGAGAGCAACACCAAUAAAAACUCUUAUGUUAAUUUUAAUAAUGCGUCGGAAAAAGUUAUUCCACAGCGACUCAACAAUAAAAAGUUAGUUCAUUCUCACUCUGACGUCACUGCGCCCAUCUCCCAACGUAGUCCUAAGACUGACAAAUGCAAAGUUUCCAAGACUGAAACUGCUGACAACAGCAACUACAUAACAAUGCAACAACUUGGCAUCAAUAUGUUUGGUGAGGCACCCCAACCUGCCCCCAGCCUACAAACUGAAUCAACUUCAUCUACACCGUCUGCUUCGAAAGAAAAAAUGAAAAACGUUGAUAGCGUAAUUGGAGAAGAUGUGAAUAAAAUUAAUAAACAGUCGAUCUUAACAAAUUAUUCAUCAGAUGCUAAUGACUACUUUGAGAAAAAUUGUGAAGACAAGUUGAUGGUUCUAGAGCAGAACAGUCAUGUCUCGUUCUCGGACGAGGAAGUUGAACAGGGUGCAAAUAAAAACGUUAAACAAGCUCCAGCGAAACUCCCUCAGUCAAAUGACGACCUGUUAAGAGAACAACUCAUGAAGUCACCCCCGCCACCAACACCAUGUCUAUUUUUUCCACUUCAGUCACCAUCCUUGCAACCACCAACAACGCCAUCUGCUGAACAACAGGACUACAUAAAUCUGAGCACUAUGACGUCAGCUGUCCUCCCCCCACCUCCUCCAUUGCCACCCAAGACGCUCCCAAUCAUUAAAGAAGAUGUGCAACAGGAAUCUUCCUCAUCCAAUCCUCCACCGAUACCUGCAAAGAGCAAGCAUGUGAGAAAUAACAGUUACGAGAGAAACAUGAGCCAAGCCAAUUCUACCAUCAUUACAAAACAUGAAAUUUUUCCUCUAAUACAAAGUGAACCGAAACCACCCAUUCCAAAAAGGCAGAUCUACUCGAAUUCUCCAGGUGCUACUUACAACCAGCCAUCAUCAAAUACUUUACCUUUUCACCACGGUAAAUCCUCUUCUGUUUCGUCGUUAUCUAACAUGCCCCUCAGCUUUGUUCGACCUGUUUCUGCUUCGGUUGGUAUCACGAAACAUCGCAAGCCCAAUCUUACUGUUCAAAUUGAUGGCACAGUAGAGGAAGAAUCAAUUCCAGUGGGAAGAAAGUUGUCAGGAUUUUCUGAUGUCAACUCAACUGCAAGCGGCAACUCGUACCGACAUAGGAAAAGUAGCGACAUGAACGAGUCCAUGGUGGGCAACAAGCGAUCAUCGUUUGAUGCAUCAAGAUCCACAACGUCACUGGCCACGUCGAAACCUCGAAACGGUCGAGAAUAUCUAGACAGGAGACGCCUGGUAGAAUCUCCACAACAGUCUCCUUCAAUCGCGUCAACAAUUUUCUCAUUUGAUGAAAAAAGUGUGGCAAACAACUGUAGCAGCGGUGAAGACUCGCCCAGAUUUUCGAGCGGUAUAAUUUCCGUCGGUAGAUCGUCAUUGAGAAUGAGCCAAGAACUAAUGAGAAGGGUCCCACUAACACCUCACGAGUGUCUCCAACACGAUUCUCCCAUUCCUGAUUCUCCGGGAAAUUCUUCAGUCAGAACCAGAACCAGCAACAACACGUUGGUCAAUUAUGCUGAUAUCGACGUCUUGUCCAUGGAAUCGUCUAUUGAGCAGCCUCAGUCGGCCAAAGGCUUCAAAAUUCCUCCGUCAACUCCAUCGCCACACGAUAAAACAGUUUACGCAACGAUCGAUCUAAUGGCCACAGUUGCCGCCACCCAAGUCGGUAAACAACAUGCGAAACAAAGAGAGAAUACAUUGGAGAAACACGGAGAUGUUAGCAGGAACAAAGUCAAUGGAAUGAGUAACAUCAUCGAAAGAGGCAGAUUAUCCUUAGAUCCCAAACGAUAUCCCAGCUCCAUUGCCAAGGAAUGA